GGGAUGUCCUGUUGAGGGUGUAAAGGACAUUGAGGCCUCUUCUGGAUACCGUUUGGACCAAAGGGUCUGUUUCUGUGCUGUACGACUCUAUGACAGACCGAUUGACAAGAUAACCAGAGGGAAAUCAGGCAUUCCUUUUGACACAGUGAGUGUUGUCAUCCGGAAUGCUUUGCAUCAAAGGAGUGGUUAUCUGUCCUUGAGGAGUGAGUGGAUGACGACAAGGCAAUGGCCAAUGUAAAACCAAACCUGCCAGUGGACAGUGUUACCUCAGCUGCAUCAAAGCAGCGCAACCGAAAGAAAUUGAAUAGGAAGAAGAGGUGGUUCUGGGCCAAGGACUCAGGCAUGACCAAAAAAAACACUGGGCCAGUACUGCCUCCUAGAGUCGCUGUGGAAUACUCCACCAAUUGGAAGGCAUUCAGUCAGCUGAUGAAUCAGACAACUGAUACCAAGAAAGUUCCCAAAAGUAAAUCCAAGAUCCGAUCAAAAGAGGAACCAUCGGUUGUGGAGAAGGAGAAUCACCGAGGAGUUAAACCAGAGAAAGGAGCAGAAAGCAAUACCCAGCCGGACUCUCAAACUGUACACGUGCUGCAGAAAGGAAAGAAGUUGAAACCUAAUGAAAGCACAACACAGGGGAUGCUGCAGUGCACAAGAAAGAGAACAAGGAACAGUCACAGGUGUCCAGAAGAACGUAUUUCUGGGAGAAAAAAAAGAACCAGGAUUGAACCAGUAACCGAGAAUCUCACAGAGCCUGAUAUCUGGUUUGAUGAUGUCGAUCCAGAUGAUAUAGAAGCUGCAAUGGGACCUGAAGCUGCAAGUGUUGCUCGGCAGCAGAUAGCACAAACAACAGGGAAGCCACACUCUGCAGUACACAGCUUAGAACAGGUGCUGGUUAAAGAUGGAGCCUUCCAGGGACUCACCAAAGCUGUGGCAAUGGACUGUGAGAUGGUUGGUGUGGGUUCAGAUAAAGUGGACAGCAUUCUUGCACGUGUAUCCAUUGUGAACCAAUUUGGAAAAUGCAUUUACGACAAAUAUGUGAAACCAACAGAAAAAGUGACAGAUUACAGGACCUGGGUGAGCGGAAUACGACCAGCUGACCUGAAGAAUGGUGAAGACUUCAAAGUUGUGCAGAAGGAGGUUGCAGAAAUCUUGGAAGGCAGAGUGUUAGUUGGUCAUGCUGUCCACAAUGAUCUCAAGAUUCUGUUCCUGGACCAUCCAAAGAAGAAAAUUCGUGACACACAGAAAUACAAACCUUUCAAAACAGUUGUCAGAUGUGGCCGUCCUUCCCUCAAGCACUUAUGUAGACAGAUCCUAAAGGUCAAAGUUCAGGAGUCUGAACAUUCCUCGGUACAAGAUGCUCAGGCAACAAUGAGACUUUAUACACUGGUGAGGCAGAAGUGGGAGGCAGAGGUGAAGGCAAAGUACAGAACAAAAAAAAUAAGUUGCAAAGGUGGAGAAACCAAACCUUGAAGCUAAAUGUGAGAGACUUGUCAGAAAGUAACACUGAGUGAACAGUGAUGCUACCCUCCAAGUCUCCUCCACCCAGAGCCGGGUGAUCUGUGAAAGGUCUGCUUUCUCGUCAACAUUACAGUUUGACAGAUGAAGACUCUGGUGUGAGGUGGCAGUUGUAUUUUUGCUGUGACUGCUGUCAGUUGAGUAAUGUAGCUCAAUAACUAGAUGAUGUUCAGCAAGCUGACUGUUCACUGGUAACUCUGUGCAUAUGGAUGUUUUCAUACAGUAAUUGACCCUGUACCAGAAUGUGGACUAAGUUAGAUUGGAGUUACUUCUCUUGUUUGAAUUUUAACUUGUAAAAUCUGUACUUGUUAUUCUAGCUCUAAUGUUUUACAAAAAUAAAAUGUCUACAGAA